UUCGAUGCCCGCCAUCGGAGCACGCUGGUCUCAACGCUUUCAUCUGUAAUCCGCUGGGAAGAUGUGCAAAUUCAGCAAUCGCCUGUUUAUAUUCUCCCUAUUACUGCUAGCUUCUGGAGGUGUCCUUUCCCAGCCACUAGGUGGAAGGCCUCAUCCGGGAAGACAAAGAAAUGUGGUCAGCGAUCUGCUUGAGGUUUUAUACGACGACUAUAGCGACAAUAGCUACCAGCAGGAGGAAAUCUUUUAUGAUCAGCGUCAGAAGGGGUCGGAAAAUCUUCAGCUAAGCGUGGAUGGAGUUGUCAUAAGCAUGGCCCCGCAGAUGGGCUCCAACUGGCUCUACACGAUUGCCGAAUAUUAUCUCAGUGAAAUGAUGCUUCGGCAAUCCACACCAGAGCCGGACACAAAUCAAAUCUACGAAAAGGAGCCAGUUACAGAGAUGGAUCCUGGAGCUGUAGAGGUCAUAACAAAAAUGACAGAUCCUCCCAAAAACGAUUUGGAGAGCAGGCAACAUCAGAUUAUAGCCCCACAUAACUCCAGUCGUACGCCUUCGCAACUGCUCCAAUUGCUAAAAAUGAUGAAAACGUCUAAAGUAUAA